AUGGAACCAGUCUUGAUCAAGAAGCAAGACAUUGAACAAGAUUCAGACAAAACUGAUGAAAUUGCAUCCUCAUGCGAUUCUAGUUAUUCAUCAAACUCUACGAUGAGUGAACUAGUUAAAAGUCACAACAAGCUCCGUCGUCAAGGCUCUCGCAGUUCUGUGCUUGCCAAUGCCAUUCAACAACGUCGGCAAUCAAAGCAGGAUCAUGGAUCCACUUGGAUACAACACAAGAAGCAUUUCUUUAUAUUAAGCAGUGCCGGAAAACCUAUCUGGACCCGGUAUGGCGAUGAGUCUCGGAUAUCUUCUCUAAUGGGCGUCAUUCAGGCCAUCAUCUCCUUCUUUCAGGACGGUGACGACACGAUAAAGUCUAUACAUGCAGGCAAUCAUACGUUUGUAUUCUUGCUGAAAGACCCGCUUUAUUUUGUUGCUGUAUCUCGAACAGGCGAAUCGGAUGGUCAACUACGUGAUCAACUUUUGUACCUCCACAAUCAGAUUCUUAGUGUGCUUACUAGUGUACAACUGACCCGAAUAUUUGAGCAAAGAGUUAACUUUGAUUUAAGGCGACUUUUGGGAGGCACUGAAGUAUUCCUUGAUAGCUUGGCGACACUUUUCAACAAUGAUCACAGCUUUAUGCUUAGUGCUCUUCAAUGCCUGCGUCUCAGCAGAUCUAUUCGUGAUCAGGCAGGAGCAAUUUUGUCCGAUGGAAGAGUCAAGGAUUUGCUUUAUGCCAUGGUUGUAGCUAAAGGGCGGCUGGUUACUCUCCUUAGGCCAAGGAAACAUAGUCUACAUCCAUCAGAUCUUCACUUACUGUUCAAUAUGUUAACUGGAUCAACCACAUUUCACACGGCUGAAUCAUGGACCCCUCUCUGCUUACCAAAAUUCAACUCUCAGGGAUUCUUGCAUGCCUAUAUUUGUUACAUUGAGCGCGAUAUUUCAAUAGUCAUGAUCAGUACCAGCAAAGACAGUUUCUUUGAAUUGAGCGAAUGGAAAACAACAAUGGUAGAGGCCAUGAAAAAGAAAAAUGUCUUGGAGAAUGUAUUAAAGGCUUCCGACGAGCUCUACACUACAGAAGAUGUUGGUGUCCCUGCAUUACUUCACUUUAUGUACAAGGCAAAGAGCCAUGUCCAGUUCACAAGCCCUGCCUUUAGUGGACCUUAUGAAAACGACAGUGACCGGAAAAGACUUUAUCGCUUAUAUCAGCAUGUGUAUGAUCGAAUGCAUGCUAGGACAAGAGUCCUUAAAUUAUACUACCAUCACAGUGAACAUGAAAUUAUGCUAGGAUGGAUCACGUCUUCAUUCGAGCUGUAUGUAGUGUUUGGCCCUGCUACCCCGAAAGCAGUUCUGAUUGCCAGCUCAAAUCAAUUGUUACGCUGGAUUAAGAAAAAUGAAGACAGUCUGUUUAUUUUGAAUUCACCCGUAUUUUAAAAUUGUAUACAAUCCAUACAAGUAUAGACUUUUAGAACUGUUCAUCACCCUCUUCCUUCUCGCGCAAAUUCAUAAUCUCCAGUUGACCCUUUCCCUUUGCUUCGUUCUGUAUGAUGUCUUGGAUGAUUCGAUACUUUCCAGGAUCCACUAAAGCAAUCUAUUCAAGUAAUAUAUAUAUAUAAAUAAAUAAAUAAAAACAAAUAAACACAAAUAAACACAAAUAAAUAAAUACAUAUAUCAU